AUGACUAUCCUUGCCACCCUUAAGAACAUGAACCCAUCUGCCUCAUUGGCCAAGUCUGGUGCCUCCUUCUCUGGAUCAUCAGCCAGCGGUGCCUCCCAAGGUUCAAGCCAGAGUGCAUGCUGGAACCCAUGUUUCCCAGGUAUUCACAUCGAUGCAAAUGUUGAUAUCGAUAUCAACUUGGGUCGUUGCAACUUGUUGGAUGCUCACAUCAGCGCCAAUAUUAACAUCUAA